AUAAAUACACGUCAGUGUAGCUCAGUGUAUCGUCAUAUAUAUAAUCGAGAAAAUGACAUUGAAUCAUUUUCCAGAAAAUUUGCAUUCAAGAAGUUAGAACUAUCGCUUUCCAUUAUAACUGUACCUUGGCUUGUUUGAAGCUGUUCUAUUGCCAUUGAUACAAGUUCAAACCAGAUAUUUUCAAAGAACCAAGAUGGCUGAUAAAACCACGACAAAAUCAAUGGGUUUUUGCCUGUCUCUUCUGAUUUGCUUCAUGAAUAUCCACUUAGGAUCAGGGGCCUUUGGCUUUGGAGGAGAGGAUAAGGUUUUACUGUCAGAAGUGGAAACCUUGACCUUGUACAAUGGCCGAAUGACAAACUCUAGGCGGAGCGGUCCUAUCCCGCAGUUGAAGUGUGAAGGAGGAUCGGCUGGAUGUGGAACCUUUGUUCCUCAGGUAGUCCAGUGCACGAACAAGGGAUCAGAUGGGCGCGACAUUCAGUGGGAGUGUAAGACAGACAUGGAUAACACCUACAGGUUCGGGAGAGUGGAGGUGUCCUGUGAGGGGUUUGACUACCCAGACGACCCUUACAUACUGCGAGGCUCCUGUGGUCUCGAGUACACCAUUGAUCUAACCCAAGAAGGUCAGCAGAAAAAAAAUCAAGGUCAUCACAACUAUGGCAGCAAUUACGGAGGUCACAGCGAAGACUACCAUGACCGUUCAUCCUACCAGUCUAGUAAGAGUUACAGUAAGGCCAGAUCCAUCGUGGGGGACCUGGUUCUCCUGUGUGCUAUAGGAGGAGUGGUGUACGUCAUCUAUAAGACCUGUAUCGCUGGCGGUCAACAGGCAGAAAACAGAUACCCCAAUCAAGGACAGGACAACCGAUUUGGUGGCAGUCAGCCUCCACCCCCGGGGUUCAGACAGGACUAUAUGCCAGGUGGAGAUUCGUGUUCCGGAUCCUCUUACUACAGUGGUGGUCAAACCAACUAUGGCAACCAUGCCCGACCAGGUAACACUGGGGGCGGCUUCUGGACUGGUGCUGCCACUGGUGGUCUCCUUGGAUACAUGUUUGGGAACAGGGGCAACAAUCACUACGGCAGCAGGACAUACACUCCUUACACUGGUUCCUCCUUCUGGGGUCAACCCCGCACGCAACACCGCUCUUCUGCUUUCUCUGGGGGCUCCUCUUUCUCAUUUGGAGGGGGUGGAAGCUCCGGUACCAGAACGGCCUCUGGCUUUGGUGGAACCAAACGCAGAUGAUUUCAUCAGUAUCCAGGUCAUUUUGAAGAUAGAGUGUGUCCUUGGUAUUUUGGGACAUGCAGUGGAUACAAAAGAAGAAACAGUGUGGAAAUGACUGUACAAAGUUAAAAAAAAUCCCAAUAAACCAGUCUUCAUUCAAUAUUGAAGAUCAUCACAAUCUUAACUAGCAUUAUUCCGAAAUGCAAUAUGCUCUGAAUACUAUAUUACCUAAUCAGAGAAAUAUAUUGAUGUCAUUGAGAUUGGACAUUCCAAACAGUGAUAAUGAAGCUUAAGUUUAGACUUCACAGAAAUAAUAACAGCAGUACAAUGUUCUUUUCUCUUGUUUAAAAAAUGUUUUUAAAAUAUUGUGACUAUAAAUCAGAUUUUUUUUUUUUUUUUUGCUUGUUUCUAAUGUAAUUUGUCUACUUAUAAAGUAUUUAAAAGUUUAAAGGAUGAUUUCAAAGUAAUUUGAAUUUUAAUAGACAAAAAAAUAGAUAAUUAAUGGCUGUUUUUGUUUUUAGAAACAUUCUAAAGAACUUCUUUACCGGUGAUUUUUUACCCUAAAUUUGAACAAACAAAAAGAUAGUUAGACAUGUUUUGUUUACGGGAUAUAUAUAAAAAAAUAAACAAAUUUUGAUUUGAUGGAGAUCAUUUACACAUUGUUCAGAAAAUAUAUUGAAUUAUUCCAGAAUUUGUAUUUAAGUCUUGUAGGAUUUCUAUAUGUUUUAAACUGUCAUCCUUGUAUAAAAUGCAAUGUUUGUACAUUAACAUAGAUUAUCAUAGAUAUAGAUCUACAACUGUGAUAUGUGUGAGUGCUCAACACAUGAUAUAAAUGAGUUAACUAUAUUGUGUAAGGUGUGGAUAAUAUUGUGUACUAUGUCUUUAGAAGAUUACAAAAAUAUAAACUAGAAACUCCUUUGAAAACCAAGCAGAGAUAGGGUGUGUUUUUUUGUAAUAAGUAGAUCUUUUUAUAUCGUUAAACUUAUUAAGUAAACUCAAUCAAAUCUAGAAUCUUCUGCCUAUUCAAUUUAUAGUUGGUCAGUGGUCAUCGUCGGAUAGCCAUGGUUGAUUUCACUUCGCUACUCACUCUUCAGACGGCUGACUUCACUUCGCUACGCACUUAUCAGACGGCUGACUUCACUUCGCUACGCACUCAUCAGACGGCUGACUUCACUAUGCUACUCAAUCAUCACUGAUGAGUAAGUAGCGUAGUGAAAUCAGCCAUGAGUUCGAAUUCCGACGAUUGUCAGUGGUUUGCCAAUUUGUUUACGUUUUCUUAAUUUCGUUGGCAAACAGGAAGGAAAAUAUGCAUGUCACAACCAACUUACAUGAAUGAAUCUGUACUCAGUAUAAAGCCGUUUGAUUUUCGUCGUUUUUUGUGAGAAAAUUAAGAAAAAAAUGUUUUACAUUAAAGAUUUCCAUAGGUCCAUACAUACAGUGUUGUCUUGGGCUUACAACAUUUUGUAUGUACACUGUUGAUAUAUACAUGAUAUUUUAUAUUAUCAUAAAACCCUUUCUUAAUUCAUUAGUAUAGCUAUAUACUCAUAUAAAUUGUCAACUGUCCCCAGAGAUUUCACUAUAAUAUGUUGUGUACUAAAAAUUGGUACUGCUUUUUAAGGGUUAAAAGUCAUCAAACUCAUUGCACCGUUUGUGGAUUUAUGGUUAUUUAUUAUUCAUAAAUGUACUGGAAUGUCAAACAUUUUAUUGAUCGUUUGUGCAUGUAUACAGCUUAAAUAUAUUGUUUGUUUGUCUUUGACAUUUUUUUUUCAUUUUGAAGUUAAAAUUCCACUACCGUACAUGUACCAUAUUUUUUGUUUUUAUUUCACAAUGUUAAGAUUAGCAAUUACAUGUAUGUUCAUUUAUUUCUGUUAACAUUACCAAACAUCGGCAAGAAUCGGUAGGUGGGCAUGCUGUUGUUGACAGUGGAGAAACGACAGUCCCUUAUUCAGAUCUUGUUGGGAAUCAGUGUAUAUUUUAUGCUGUUGUUAUCGUUGAUUAUGUAUAUUCAGUUCAUAAUAAAAAAAUAAAAAAAUGAU